AUGAAAUACAUUUUCUAUUUUCUUUUUAUUCACAGCAUCAUUGCAGUACCACAAUUGAAUCUUUAUUUUACGACGAAUGAAGUAAAUGAAAAUGAAUUCAGUGAUGAAAUGGGAAUCAGAUACAAUUGUUUUCGAGUGGCUUCAAAUUUUCUCGUAGUAAGUCCAAAUGUGGAAAUCUCAUCAUAUUGUAUGAGUGAAUCAUCAAGAAAAUUUCACAUCGAACAUGACGAGCCAUCAUUUUCAUUUACUAAUCUUGCAAAAAAGCAUAUCACAAGUGAAGAUUUAUAUAUCUGGUCAACACCAAUCGAUAUUAUUGAAAAAUAUCAAAACUAUUUGGAAACAAAUGAUUUCUUGUUAGGAAACGAAAGCUUCUAUAAUUGUACACUACCAAGAUUUGGAUCAAUGUGUCAAUAUGAAUUAUAUCAACAUCAUGAAGGUUAUUCAUCAUUACAAGAAAUGAUUCAUGGUUAUUAUAGAUCUUUUGGUAGAUUAUAUGCUAUGACUUGUUACACACUUAUGGCAUGUAACCGUGCUUAUUAUGAAAUAUGUUUAGAUUGGACUGAUAUUUGUGAUGGUGAAAUUGAUUGUCUUGAUGGCACUUACGAUGAAGAACAUUGCUGGCAACUUGAAUUUAAUAAAUGUCAACCAAAUGAAUAUCAAUGUCGCAAUGGGCAAUGUAUACUAUAUGAAUUUGUUAAUGAUGAUAGCUGGCAUCUUGAUUGUAUAGACAAAUCUGAUGAAAACUUGCCAGUAAUCAAAACUACUGACGUUGAACCAGUAUUUGGAGCUUAUGAUGCUGUAUGUUAUACCGAGUUUCUCACAAGCUCUUGUAUAUCAGACCGUGCAUACUUUCGAGCAGAGCGGAUGUUUUCAAUCAAAGAUCAUGCAGUGUCAGAUGAAUGUUGGACAGCUUUCAAAUGUUAUUUUGGUAUUUCUACCUCAACAUUCUCCGAGAUAGAUUUUUCUACUAUUAAACACGAGUGUACGCCCGUGAUAAAAAAAGAGUGUCCACCUAUGUUAUAUGUUCCCAGCAUUCCUAUUUACUUGGGCCAUAUUUAUACAGCUUACAAGACCGAUGAACUUACAAGUGUUCAAAAGCCAAUUCCCGAAUUACCGUAUUUGUGCUCGAAUAAAUCUUUUUUUCACAGUUUCGUCUUAAAUACCUCAUUCAAUAAUACAAAGUGUUUCAAAGUUGCUAACUGGGGAAAGAUAGGAAUUGUCGGCGGACCGCUUCUUCGUUCUCGAUUUUAUAUACCUAUGAACAAUAUUUUUCAACAAAUUAAACGAUUUCAACCGUUUGUUAAUUUUCCACUCGAUCGAUGUAAUCAAUCAAACUUCUUUCAAUGCUCAAAUUCAUCCAAAUAUAUUCCACUUCAUCGUUUAUUCGAUGGUAUAUCUGAUUGUCCAUACAAUGAUGAUGAAAAUAUCGAUGAACAUACGAAUCCUCAACUAUUUGCGCAGUUCAAAGAAAAAUAUUACAAAUGUCACAUGUCCAACAAGUAUAUUAUUCAAUCUGCAGUCUCGAAUAAACACUGCGAUUGUGGGUAUGAAAAAGACUAUUUUUGUGAAGAUGAAGACGUGUAUGCGAACUAUACUCGACGAACGAUAUCUUUUCGAAUGAUGUGUGAUAAUUUUCAAGAGUUAUAUCCAAUCACAAUCGAUGGUCGAAAUCACACAGAUGAAAAUGAAUGUGACCAAUGGGAAUGUGAUAAUAUGUACACUCAUUGCGAUCGUAUAUGGAAUUGUUUCGAUGGAAAAGAUGAAAUGAAUUGUAAUUCUAAAUCCCCACCAUUACUGAAUUGUUCUUCGAAUUCAGCAAUGUGUGUCACAUUAUAUACAACUCAAUUAAUAUGUUUAUCAAUUCAUAAGUUUCAUGAUGGUCAAAUCGACUGUCUUGGCGCUACUGAUGAAAUCAUGCUAUACCGGCGUCCUUAUGCAAAUAGCGAUCGAGGCUUUUAUUGUGUGAUCAAAGAUCGUGGCGACUUCGCAAAUAUUGAGAAUCGUCAAUUAUGUACAGACACAAUACGAUGUGAAAAUGGAGAAGAUCAACAGUUUUGCAACAAAAAUCGGUCAUCACCUAUAUACAAUAGUAUUUGUCAACCUGAGAAUAUAGCAUUGGCGACUAAUGUUGAAAAGUUCUUAUGUGAUACUGCCGAAGAGAAAUCUAAAGCAGGAAAAAAAUAUUUUCGAAUCAAUGGAUAUUAUGAAUCAUCUGAAAACAAGAUCAAUGAGAAUAAACAUGUUAAACCAAUCACUCCAGAUAAUUAUCAACGACCUUCACUCCUCGACAAUCCUCGUUGUUAUCAUGGUCUUGAUGUACGUGUCUGGUUGAAUAAAUCUUCUGAUCGCUAUACAAGUACAUGUUUAUGUCCAUCAAAUUUUUAUGGAAAUCAAUGUCAAUAUCAGAACCAACGUAUCAGUGUGUUUAUGAGAUUUUAUGCUCCAGCUCAAUCCAGAUCAACUUCAUUUGCAAUUUUAAUUCUUCUUAUUGACGAUACAACCCAACGGCUGAUUCAUUCCUAUGAACAAUUUACUUAUUUAUCCAUUCGAGAUUGUAAAAUAAAGUUUAAUUUCUAUUUACUUUAUUCAACUCGACCGAAACAUCCAAAUCGAACUUAUUCAAUUCAUGUUGAUAUCUAUGAAAAACUUUCUCUUAUAUAUCGAACAAGUUUUCAUUAUCCAGUGAAGUUUUCCUUCUUACCAGUUCAUCGCUUAGGGUUCGUUGUCAACGUUCCACCUGAAGCUUCUCCUAGUGGAACUUGUUUACCGCACAAAAAAUGUCUUCAUGGAAAAUGUUUCAAGUAUUUCAAUACAAAACAAACAUUUUGUCAAUGCGACGCAGGAUGGAUGGGAGAGUCUUGUGAUAUCGCAUAUGAUUGUACAUGUUCGACAUCGAAUUCUUUAUGUAUUGGACUAUCGAGUGACAAUCGAUCGAUUUGUGUUUGUCGAGAGAAUUAUUUUGGUUCUCGAUGUUAUCUUCGAAAUCGAAUAUGUGAUAAUUCUCCAUGUGAAAACAAAGGUUCGUGUUUCUCAUAUGAUGAUUUCGUGUUACCAUCAAUAAAUCCGAAAUAUUUCUGCAUUUGUCCAAAAGGUUUUAGUGGAGAUCGAUGUCAAUUGAUCGAUACUGAAAUCAAUCUCAUUUUCGACAAAGAAAUUUCUUUAUUUCAUUCAAUUUUCGUUCAUUUCAUACGAAUUGUUCCAUACCAUGAAUACGGAUAUGAAAUUCCACCACUUUCACCUUCAAGAUCAACAAGUUUACAAAGCAUUUCUCAAGCAAGUAAUUCUCUUCGAAUGUAUCAUUCACAACCAUUUCAUUUAAUUUUUAUCGAAACAUUACAACGAACUUACUACUUAGCUGUUAUUCAACCAGUUUAUAAUCGUUCGACAAUAAUAAUUCAACGAGUUCGUUCGUCAUUUCGCUGUUCCUCGAUCAAUGAAUUAGUGAAUGAAACAUUUGCUCAACUUCAUGUACUUCGUCGAAUGAAAUAUUAUCAUUUAAUUUGUCAAGCGUCGCCUCAUCUCGAAUGUUUUCAUGAUGAUAUUCAUCUUUGUCUAUGCUACGAUUAUCGACAGAAACGCUUAGCCAAUUGUUUCAAUUUUAAUCAUAAAAUGAAAUUCGAUUGUUUCGGACAAAAUCAUUGUGAAAAUCAUGGACAAUGCUUUCAAGAGUCAUCUGAUUGUCCGAGGCGAUCGAUCUGUGCUUGUCACUCAUGUUAUUAUGGAAGUCGAUGUCAAUUUAGUACGAGUGAAUUUGGUCUCUCACUCGAUGCAAUUUUAGCUUAUCACAUCGUCUCCGAUGUGAAUCUUUCUCGUCAAACUGCAAUUGUAAAAAUCAGUUUUUCAUUAACGAUUCUUUUUCUCAUUGUUGGAUUAAUCAAUGGAAUUCUUUCAAUGAUCACGUUUAAGAAUAAAAGUGUACUGGAAGUUGGCUGUGGUGUAUAUUUAUUAUGUUCGUCGAUAACAGCAAGCCUCACAAUGAUUUUAUUUGGAUUAAAAUAUUUUAUUUAUCUUUCAACACAGAUUUCAACACCUUCGAAUCGAUUAUUUUUACAAAUUCAAUGUCAUUCAUUGGAUUUUCUUCUUCGAAUUUGUUUAAAUAUGGAUCAAUGGUUAAAUGCAUGUGUUUCGAUGGAGAGAGCAAUGGCUACUAUUCAAGGUGUUCGAUUUGAGAAAAAGAAAAGUAAACAAUUAGCAAAGAAACUUAUAGUUCUUUUCUUUCUUUUCACCGUAUCAACGUCCAUUCAUGAUCCAAUUUAUCGACAUUUAUUUGAAGAAGAGAAUGACAAUGAUGAGAAUAAAAAAAGAAUCUGGUGUAUUGUGAAAUAUUCUUCAAGUUUACAAAUUUAUAAUCGAGUUAUGAAUACAUUUCAUUUUUUCGUUCCGUUUCUCAUUAAUUUCCUUUCUGCAGCUAUUUUAAUUACGAAAAAAUCUUGUCAAAAGCUCCGUUUCAGCAAUAAAGAUAAAAAAUAUCAAGAUUUGUUACAUGAUCAAAUCCGUGAACAUCGCCGUUUAUUAAUUGCACCGAUUGUUUUAUUUCUUCUUGCUUUACCACGUUUAAUACUUUCAUAUGUAUCAAAAUGUAUGAAUUCAACAAAAGAUUCUUAUGUAUUUCUUGGUGGAUACUUUAUUACAUUUAUUCCAACAAUGAUAACACUUCUCAUCUUUGUUUUACCGUCGAAAUUCUAUAUGAAUGAAUAUCAAAAGAGUAUUUUACGCUAUCGAAAGCAGAUUACACAACAUUUUCGUCGAUUCAAUUAA